UGAUUCUGCUUACAUGUAAAAUUUUAAUGUCAGACUAUGCAGAAUGAAAGCGUUGCAUGUCCACCAAGCGCGCUGAUGGAGUUACAGGCGCGGUUCAGACCGCUGAUGGAAAGACUGCACAAUGACCCAAAGGUUUCGGAGCUUUUAAAUACUACAGUGGGCCGGUACCUUACUGAUCACCCGUUUUUAGCCCUGACAGCUUUGGUGUUUGGUGGGAUGGCCAUAAUACCAGUCGGACUCUUCCUGGUUUAUGCCACAAUCAUAUUUAUCGCUGGUGUAGUGUGCUUAACCUUUUUCGAGGUGUUCCUGCUUGCCACUGGAGGGUUGACACUCCUGUUUGUUCUUGGUGGCAUAGCCGUUGCUGCUCUCCUAGUCUCCUGUGUUCUGAGUGUGUUAUACAUCACCAUCUCCAAUCUACACAACUACUAUUCCAACCACAGACUUCCUCAAAAGGGAAACUUGAUGGGACGCAUGGGGUCAAAAAAGUCAAAAAUCUAUUGAAUGGUAAAGUAUCCAUAGUUGGCCUUAUUCCGGACAGUUGUAUGGCCUG